AUGGUUCUCCCUCCUCGUGCUUACGUUUUCAUCGGUCUCAAUGUCGUCCGCGUACUUGGAAUCAUCGCCAUGCUUUUGGUGUUCGCGAGCAACAUCGUCACAUUGGCCCACGAUGUCCAGGCGGUGAACCGUUUUCUCCAUUCCAACUCGACGUCCACCACCCCACUGAACAGUGACUACAUAGACGGAAGUACUGUGCCAAAUCAGCCUGCCGGAGUAUUUUGGGCGGUAUUGAAUCGGCUUUUGAUUGUUGGUCAAGUUCUCGUUCUUAUCAUGUCCGAGCUCGGGUGGCCUUCCAAAUUCUUCAAUCGAUAUUUUCCAGUCCUUGGAAAGGAUUUCGGAUUGGGUGCUCUCGGUGUCAUUCAGUGCCUCAUUGGCGCGGCCAUACUAUCUCACCGUGUCGAUACGUUCACUCUGGUGUCCGCUUUCUUCCUCUUUUCCCUUGGCUGCUUGAACAUCCUUCUUGGUCUCAUAUUCCGUGAAUCCGCCAAGUCGAAGCGGUCGGUUACCUCUUGGAAGGAACAAGCGAAGAGCGCUCUUCCAACGCACGUCGCUGGCGUUGAUGUUCGACCAGUCAUGAAUGCUGGACCUCCCUCCUUUGUUUCCAAUAUAUUUGGAGACGAAAAAGGCCGCCAUUCUACUGCCUCCGACACAACGUCUUCAAGCAAGGCUGGUUAUGGUUUUGGAAGGCAGGGCGAGAAAGCUGCUGCCAUGAAGGGUUACUUCAUCUCGAAACCAAUCGAGUCCUUGCCUCGUUACGCUCCUAAACCCGCUGCUACCAAUGCCACUGAAUGA